CGGAACACCAAUCAAAUUAGAGAGUCUACUUGACCUCCUCGAGUCAAACGUACCAAUGGAGGGUAGCGCCAUCUUUUUCUAUCCUCCAUGCCCCUGCCCGCUGACUGGGACGCUGUGCGUCGUGGGUCAGUGGUGAGAACGCUCCAACUGAAUGAUCGAAAAGCUCAUUCUGCAAUUCACCAGACGUUGAGCAAGCGGGAAUCGAAAGCGAAAUGGAGUCGCCACGCAAGUCUGAGAAGCUUAUUCCAGCACUGCAGGACGAGGAGGCUCUUGAGAUCGGACGUGACGGCAUGCCCCAAGAAAUCUGGGACGAUAUGGUCAAGAACGAGCGCAAGAUCUUCUACAUGUUCAUGUUCCUCAACGGUUCCGUGCUGUGGGCAUACUACUCGUGUCUGAGCGCACAGGACUUCUACACGGUGCAGUUCGCGGACUCAGGGCUCGAUUUCUCUUUCUUGACGACACUUGUUACCUCGUGGCCCAUGGUUAUCGGCCAGGGAGCGCAGAUGAUCUGGGGUCUUGACAAGUCGAUCAAGCGUCACUUCCGCGUGCAUGUCGGCUACGGUAUCUUCAUCGUGAUGGCCAUUCUCAUCAUGGUUUUCAGCGCUAUCAACUUCUCCAACCAGAAAACCGGCGCCAUCCUCGUGCUAGUGUGCUUCGCUUGCAUCGGCUUUGGCAACUCGCUAUCAGAAGCCACGUAUUACACAUUUGCGGCGUUGUUCCCGAUCCCGAAAUUCUCACAGGCCGUGCAGAUUGGCAACGGUAUUGCUGGUAUCUUCAACAUCACGUUGGCUACAAUUUUGCGUCUUGCUGUCGGUGGUGUCCACCAGACCAGUGACUCCACGAAGUUAAGCUUCUAUCUCUUCUUCGGCAUCUUGAUUGUUGUCCUUAUUGCAGCCCUCUUCGUCUAUUAUCGCUUGAUGACACUGCCGAGCGUCAAAUUCCUGUUGGAACGCAACGAGGAGUCGAUGAAAGCCGAGAGCUUAGAGACGCUACCUGUCGAUAAGACGCUCAGUAAUCUGUGGCGUAUCUUUUGCUUGAUUUGGGCCCCAGCUUUGGCGCAGUUCCUGGUCUUUUUCGUGUCGUUGGCAGUGUACCCUGGUUUCGGCUGCGCUGCAGCACGUAACCUCGAGCCGCCGUACGCUGAGGUCACUCACUCGGUUACGAAGAACUGGUACUGCUCUCCUGGUAUUGUCGGUAGCUACAACUAUGGCGACUUCUUCGGUCGUGUAUUCACGGGAGCCGUCGUGUACAAGCUGCUGAACAGUCAGUGGUGUCUGGGUCUGUCGAUUCUGCGCCUGGGUUUCAUUCCGCUGCUGCUUAUGGGGGUCGCCGGUACGUCUCUAUACUCGUUCGGUUACGAUGAUAUGGGUGCUAUUGCCUACAAUAUCGUGCUUAAUCUCAUCAUCGGCUUAACAAACGGCUUCCUAUCAACUGUCACCAUGGGCAUUGCGCCACGGAUGCUGAAACCCGAGGACCGCGAGUCGGGUGGUGCAGUGAUGGUGUUCUGCCUGUUCUUUGGUAUAGCUGCCGGCUCAACGAUCGGCUUCUUCUUCAGCGACCAGGGAUGGCUCGGUCUGUAAACAGUGCACGCUGCUUGUUGAAUAUCGUUUUUUAGUUGAUGAUACAUGUAACUCGCUUUAUUGACGAUCUAUUACAGUUGCAGUCU